AUGAUGCUUCUCGUCCAGCUCAUUACACAUUUUCUUGAGUGUAAAGAAGGCAGUGAAGAGAUGUUGUCAUGCCUUCGUCUUUGUAGAGCAAUGGAAAUGACUGCUCCGCAUCUGGUGCAGGUGGCUGUGUGUUUCACUGAGGCCGAGUGGGCCCUGCUGGAUCCAGGCCAAAGAGCUCUCUACAGGGUCAUCGUGUUGGAGAUCUCUGAGAUCAUUACCUCUCUAGCAGCAGAUGUAGAUGAGACAGCUGGGGAAUUCCAGGGGUUCUCUUUGGAAAAAACCAAAAAUGAAGAUGCUGAAGGACACUAUGGAGAUGGAUCACAGAGGCAGGAGGGAAGCUACACAGGUAAGAGGAGGGAUAAGCGCGCACACUUUGCCAAGAAGGGGGGUUCCGUGAAAUCCCAGAUCGAAAAGAAAGGUCAAUCAAAAAGAAAGUUCAGUCGGAAUGACGGUCUUCAGAAUCAUCUAAGAAUCCACACAGGGGAGAAGCCUUUUGAAUGCUCAGAGUGUAGGAAGAGAUUCCGUCGGAAUGAUGCUCUUCAACAGCAUCUAAGAACCCACAUUGGGGAGAAGCCUUUUGAAUGUUCAAUGUGUGGGAAGAAAUUCAGUAUCAAUGGUGAUCUUCAAAAACAUCUAAGAAUCCACAUAGGGGAGAAGCCUUUUGAAUGCUUAGAGUGUGGGAAGAGAUUCAGUCAUAAUGGUGAUCUUCAAAAACAUCUCAGAACCCACACAGGGGAGAAGCCUUUUGAAUGCUUACAAUGUGGGAAGAGAUUUAGUGUGAGUGGCACUCUUAAACAGCAUCUAAGAAUGCACACAGGGGAGAAGCCUUUUGAAUGCUCCACGUGUGGGAAGAGAUUCAGUUAUGGUGGCGAUCUUCAAAAGCAUCUAAGAACUCACACAGGGGACAAACCAUUUGAAUGCUCUGAGUGUGGAAAGGGAUUCAGUCAGAGUGGCCAUCUUCAAAAUCAUCUACUGUCCCACACAGGGGAGAAGCCUUUUGAAUGCUCUGAAUGUGGGAAGAGAUUCAGCCACAGUCGCCAUCUCCAACAGCAUCUAAGAACCCACACAGGAGAGAAGCCUUUUCGAUGCUUAGAGUGUGAGAAGAGAUUCACUCGGAGUGACCAUCUUCAGCAGCAUCUAAGAACUCACACAGGGGAGAAGCCUUUUGAAUGCUUAGAGUGUGAGAAGAGAUUCACUCGGAGUGAUCAUCUUCAGCAGCAUCUAAGAACUCACACAGGGGAGAAGCCUUUUGAAUGCUUAGAGUGUAGGAAGAGAUUCUGUCAAAGGGGCAAUCUUCAAAAACAUCUAAGAACCCACACAGGGGAGAAGCCUUUUGCAUGCUCCAAGUGUGGGAAGAGAUUCAGUUACAGUGGUGAUCUUCAAAGACAUCUAAGAAUCCACACAGGGGAGAAGCCUUUUGAAUGCUCCGAGUGUGGGAAGAGAUUCAGUUACAGUGGCGAUCUUCAAAGACAUCUAAGAAUCCACACGUGA